AUGUUCAGUGAUCAUCGGAAGCGGGAUAUGGCCAAUCAUGGAGACGGAAACAAGUACGCGUCUGUGAAUCUAAACAAGUCUUAUGGAUACCAACCACAUAAUCAGUAUAAUCAAUCUGGAGGUUACGGGGCAAACCGGGGGAGAGGAGGUGGCUAUGGCGGUGGUGGAGGAGGAGGAGGAAGUAUGGUGGUCCUUUCACGGCCAAGAAGCUCGCAAAAUGCUGGGCCGAAGCUAUCUGUUCCACCCCCCUUGAACCUUCCUUCACUCCGUAAGGAGCAUGAGCGAGUUGAUUCUUCAGGUUCGAGCUUUCAUUCUGGUGGAGGAAUCUCCGGGAGUGGAACGAGACCUGCUUCGUCCGGAAUUGGAUGGAGUAAGCCUGCCACUACAGCUGCUUUGCAAGAUGGUGAUGUUGCGAACCAUAGUGUUGAAGGUGGUACCAGGGGAAGUAAUGGGUUGAAUAUGCCCCAUGUUUCUCGGUCUGGUGCAGCUGAGCCGUUGGUCCGGGCUUAUCAUCAUCCUGUAGAGAAAGUUGCAACUUUGAGAGGUGAAGAUUUCCCGUCGCUGAAGGCUUCUCUACCUUCAGCUUCUGUGUCUGGGCAGAAACAGAAGGAGGGUCUAAAUCAGAAGCAGAAGCAAGCUGGAAGUGAAGAGUUUUCAAAAGAGCCGAGAGGUGGUUCAGGUGUGGGAAGUUCACAUGUAGAUAUGAGACCUCAAAACCAGUCUGGGCGUAGCCGGGUCGGUAACGAGCUAAGUGAGAGUCCCGCUUUCUCAGAGGGGUUGCAUUCAUCGGAUCAGGUGAGGAAGAAGGAGUAUUUUCCUGGGCCGUUGCCUAUUGUUCGUGUGAACCCGCGAUCUGAUUGGGCUGAUGAUGAGCGUGACACUAGUCAUGGCUUAAGAGAUCGGGACAGGGAUCAUGGAUAUUCAAAGAAUGAACCAUUUUGGGAUAGGGGUUAUGAUCUUCCGAGGGCUCAUGUCUUACCGCAGAAGCAUGCUGCUCCUCAAUCAGGUCAGCGUGAAAAUGAAACUGCGAAAUCCUCUUUGACUCAAGUGAGACCAGUCAGCGGAGGAGGAAGGGAGGCCAAUGCUUGGAGAGUCUCCGCACCAGUCCACAAUGAAAUUGCAAAUAAUAAUAAAAGUAUUUAUGGACCAAGGCCGUCUAGUAGGGGCAGAGAAGCGGUUAAGAAAAGUAACUAUGUGUUGUCAGCACCAAGGGACAAUGUUUGGAAUAAUACUGGAGCUAGGGAGGCUCCAUUUCAGCAUGGAGGAAGACAACCAUGGAAUAAUAAUAUGGAUAACUCCGGCAACAGGGGGACUUUUACUCGGGAUGGGUAUGGAAUUGAUCAUCAGAAUAGGGAUAAACGCCCCUUCUUCAAGAGUGACAAACCUCAUGUUGAAGAUCCUUAUAUGAAAGACUUUGGUGACUCUGGUUUUGAUGCCCAUGAUCCAUUCCCAGUACUUGGUGUUGUUAAGAAGAAGAAAGACGCUCUUAAGCAAACAGAGUUUCAUGAUCCUGUCAGGGAAUCAUUUGAGGCGGAACUUGAGCGAGUUCAAAAGAUGCAGGAAGAGGAACGCCGACGAAUCAUCGAGGAACAGGAAAGGGUGAUUCAACUAGCUCGGACAGAAGAAGAAGAGAGACUGCGUCUGGCUAAUGAACAAGAUGAGCAGCAUAGAAGAUUAGAAGAAGAGGCCAGAGAAGCUGCUUUCAGAAAUGAGCAGGAGAAACUUGACGCUGCAAGGAGGGCAGAAGAGUUGAGAAAGUCAAAAGAAGAGGAGAAACAGAAGUUGAUCAUGGAGGAAGAAAGGAGGAAGCAGGCUGCUAAGCAAAAGCUUCUAGAGUUGGAAGAAAAGAUUUCCAGGAGACAGGCUGAAGCCGUCAGAGGCUGCACCAGCUCUUCAACUGUUUCAGAGGAAAAAUUCUUAGAUAUUGUUAAAGAAAAAGAGUCUGCAGAUGUUGUUGAUUGGGAAGACAGCGAAAAGAUGGUUGAUAGAAUCACAACGUCAUCAGCUUCAGAUCUAUCAGUACCUGCUAGAUCAUUUGAGAGCAAUGCCGCACCUCAGUUUUCUAGAGAUGGUUCUUAUGGGUUUCCCCCUGAUAGACAGCCUGCUUGGAGAAAGGAGGAUACUGAGAGUGGAGGCAAUUCCAGGUUUAUUCCGCAAAAUAUGGAGAAUGUUCCACAUAGCCCUCAGAGAGAUCCAGGUGGAGGUUUUCCCAAAGAAGAGUUCUAUGGGACUACUGGAUAUCUCAGUGCCACUUCAUACUUCAAACCGGGAUUCACAGAGCAAUCAGUUGAUCAGAGUUGGAGAAUUCCUGGAGAUGGCAGAACCUAUAAUAGGAAUUUUGGGCUGGAAUCUGAAUCUCGUGAAAGUUUUGGUGAGCAAUAUGGCGAUCCCGGAUGGGGACAAAGCCAGGGCCGUGGACGCCGUGGUCCAUACUCUCCUUAUCCUGAAAAGUUGUAUCAGAAUCCUGAGGGGGAUGACUAUUACCCUUUUGGAAGACCAAGGUAUUCAGUAAGGCAGCCACGUGUUCUCCCCCCUCCUCAGGAGUCUAGGCAAAAGACGUCUUUUAGAAACGAGGUUGAGCAUUCUGGUCCCUCAACUUCUGUUGGAGGCAUGAAGUACAACCAUACAGGUAGGACUGAUUCGACCGUUUUAGCCAGUUAUAUAGGGGAUCGUCAAGAUAAUCAUGGGCUGUCCGGAAGUGGUAUGGAUGAACAUCAUCGGUUCGAUAGCAAGCUGACUGGAAGAUGUGACUCUCAGUCUUCACUUUCUGUUACUAGCCCACCUGAUUCCCCCAUUCUUCUCUCUCAUGAUGACUUGGAUGAAUCAGCAGAUUCAUCCGUCUUAGCUGCUUCCAGAAAGGGAGAAGAUGCUGGCUUACUAGAGAAGGGGGCAGCGCCAGUUAUCUCUAGUGAUGCUGGCAGGGAUAGUUUGAUGAUUGCUACAGGUUCUGUAUCUUGUUGGGAUAAUGAAGAGUGGACUGUUGACAGUAAUGAACGGUUGCAGGAACAAGAAGAAUACGACGAAGAUGAAGAUGGAUACGAGGAGGAGGAUAAAAUACAUGAGGUUGAUGAGAACAUAGAUCUUUCCCAAGAGUUAGAAGAAAUGCAUCUCCAGGAUAAAGACUCUAAUCUAGUUUUAGGCUUUAAUGAAGGAGUAGAAGUUGAAAUACCCAGUGAUGACUUUGAAAAAUGUCAACAGAACUCCGAGGCUGCAUUUCCACUUCCUCAGCAUGCUGUCGAUUCUUUAGAUGAUGAAAGACCUUCUAUUGAAACUAGCCAUAGUGAGCUAGCCGCCCAAUCUGUUGAUAUUUCCGAUCCAGUGAGCAUUCGUAAUGCAUCUAGGAGCUUCCAGGCUACUGAAACCACAAUGCAGAACAUGAAAAAUAGUGGUCGACAGUUCGAGUUGGCCAACAAAGUAGACUCCACGAGUAACUCUAGCGUUUCUACUCAUCCUGUUGCACCACCUCACAGCAUUGGUCUGCAUCCAUCACCUUUUCAGACAGCUAUUCCUCCUAUACCUUCUACGUCAGCACAGAUGGAGGAACCUGUUAAGUUUCAGUUUGGCUUGUUUUCAGGUCCGUCGCUGAUACCUUCUCCGUUUCCUGCCAUACAGAUUGGUUCCAUCCAAAUGCCUCUUCCUCUUCAUCCCCAUUUUGGCUCCUCGCUUGCUCAUAUCCAACAGCCCCAGUCUCCUAUCAUUCAGUUUGGUCAAGUAAGAUAUACAUCCCAAGGGGUGCUGCCACCGCCACCUCAUUCAAUUGUCCAGGCGAAUGCUUUAUCAACUUAUUCUUUAAAUCAGAAUCCUGGAUCCUUGGCGACCGUUCAGCUUGGUCAAGAGAAUUCAGCUAAUCUGGUAGGUAAAAAUCCAGCACCCUCUGUCUCAAACCCUCAGAUCAGUGUUCUUAGAAGACCAAUGGAUGUUUCUGAUGGGGCAAAACAGAAGAAUGCUAAUAUCUCACCAGCGAGUGCAAGCAUUGAUGUUGCUGUAUCACGUCAAAAGCAAGGAGAGUUUUCUGGUAAGUCGGAAUUACCUUCUCGAAAAAUGAGUCAUGGAAAGUCAAAUUUAGCUGAAAGACAAUCAGGAUACCAGGUCCAAACUGACACAACUACAGUAAGAAAUUCUGGCUUGCGCUCAUCAGGCAUUGCUGAGGUUUCUCGGGCUGAUUCUGGUGGUUAUAGAAGAUACCGGCGUCAGAGGGUUGAAUUUAGAGUUCGGGAACCAAACUGGCCAUCUUCUGAGGAGAAUCAAAAUGGCAAUGGAAGGGCACAAAAUUUCUCAAAAAUCGGUAGUAGAAAGUAUGUUGUGUCCAACAAGUCUCAGAAACAAGCCUCAGAUAGCUCAGUGUCCGGUUUGACUCCUAUGCAGAAAACCAAUACUGGGGGAUCAUUUGAGAGUAGACCUGGGAAAGAUGCUGUCGGGAAGAAUCCACUCAUUCCAAAUUCUGGACAGGCAAACCUUAAAAGGAAUAUGAUAUCUGAAGAAGAGAUUGAUGCACCAUUGCAAAGUGGAAUUGUUCGUGUCUUUGAGCAACAUGGCAUUGAAGCUCCUAGUGAUGAUGAUGAUUUUAUUGAGGUUAGAUCGAAAAGGCAAAUGCUUAAUGAUCGUCGUGAACAGAGAGAAAAAGAAAUCAAGGAAAAGUCCCAGGCAACCAAGGCAUCCCGCAAACCCCGUUCAACUUUGCCGAACAGUAAUGCUGCACCCCGGUCCAACAGAAGCCCACCAGCUAACCGAGUUGGGAACAACAAGAACUUUAAUCCUGUCUCCAACAGACAGCUCUUAGCCCCAAUUGGCACACGUUCCCCUAAACCAGAUUCCCAUACUGAUGAAAAAUCUGGGAGCAGCAAGUCCUCUCAGGCAAGUAAUGCUCUUCCAGUUAUAACAAGAAAUGAUGAGAAUCCAGCGUCAAGUUUCGUAUUCAACAACAAAAACAAGGUGCUGGACAACAUUCAAACGUCUAUGGGGACUUGGGGUAACCAACUCACGGAUCAGCCGGUUAUGGCCCUAACCCAGAGUCAGCUUGAUGAAGCCAUGAAACCGGUAUCUCUUCUUUCAUGUGUUUCUGUUGAGAAUGGUGCCAACCGAAUUAGCGAGCCAAAUCUGAAAUCGGCGUCUGUGGUGCCAAAGAACAAUACGUUUCCAAGUGGCAAGACCCCAAUAAAGUCAUUGCUUGCCGAGGGCAAAAUCCAAUUUGGUGCUGUUACAUCUUCCACUGUUAUUACUCCCUGUGGUGGGCGUACGGAGAACGAUGGCUCUUUAUAUUUUGAAAAAGACAACAAACAUCGAAAUCCAUCAUCCACUGGCGUGGAGAUUUGUGAAGCAGAAGCUGAAGCUGCUUUAGCAAUUGCUGUUGCAGCCAUAACUAAUGAUGAAACCAGUGGGAAUUCCUUGGGUACUGACUCCGUAGUACCUGCUGAAACCAAAAUUUAUGGACGAACAGAGUUAGAUGGUGGAGCAGCAAGUGGCACUGUUGGUGGGCAGCCUAGUCUAUCAAAAGCGGAAGAGUCUCUCAUUGUUUCUCUCCCAGCAGAUCUUUCAGUGGACACCCCAAUCUCUAUGUGGCCGCCAUUACCAAGUCCACACAACUCAAACCAAAUGAUCACUCACUUUCCUCCAGGCCCUCCUCAUUUCCCAUACUAUGAUGUGAACCCGAUGUUAAGAGGACCCAUCUUUGCCUUUGGCCCGCACCAUGACUCAGGAGCAAACCAACCACAGUCCCAGAAAGGUCCCGGAGCAGUUUCUGGUCCACCUACGACCUGGCAGCAGCAGGGUCAUUCGGGAGUAGAUUCCUUCUAUGCUCCUCCUGCCGGCUUCACGGGUCCUUUCCUUACCCCACCCGGUGGUAUUCCAGGCGUGCAGGGCCCUCCUCACAUGUUCGUGUACAACCACUUUGCACCUGUUGGACAGUAUGGAGGGUUGAGUUUCAUGGGUACAACUUACAUCCCAUCUGGAAAACAACCAGAUUGGAAACACAAUCCAGCCGUGUCGUCUUCUCCGGUUGGAGGAGAUGGUGAUGCAAACAAUCCAAAUGUUGCCUCCAUGCAAUGUAACAUUGUGCCUGCGUCCCUUCAACACCUCCCUAUGCCUUCUCCUCUUGCCAUGUUUGAUCCAUCCCCUUUCCAGUCUUCUUCUCAGGAGAUGCCUGUUCGAGCACGGUGGCCUUACAUGCCAUUUUCGGGUCCUCCAAAUAUGCAAAUCCAGAAACAGCAGGAAGCAGCAGAUGGCUCCAAUCUUCCGUCUUCUCAGUUUAACAACAGCAACAACAUGCUUCCUCCUCCUCCUAACAGAUAUCCCAACGUCCAAACAUCCGCGGUUGCAGAUGCUAUGGUGGACUCUUCAAACUCGUACAGUACUUCCACUACUUCGGCUUCACCACCAAAUCCCACUACCACCUUAUCUGAUCCCAACACCAACAUCACUCAGAAACCAAGUGGUCCUAGCUUCAAGCCACCACCACCACAGCAACAACAACAAUCCUCCCAGGACAAGAACACGCCGUCUCAACAGGUUGGUGGGUCUGGUUCCAGCCACCACCAUCACCAACAUCAACAUCAACACAACCGGAGAUCGGGAUUCCAUGGCAGAAACCAGCCCAUGGCUAGAGAGAGAGGUUACCAAAACAACACAAAGGUGAAGCAGAUUUAUGUGGCUAAGCAGACUAGUAACAGCAACGCCUCUGCUUCCUCCACCACAACCACUUCGCCUUCAGUGUGA